GUAACAGGGACCGGUUUUACAUUUGGCUGUAUCAAUUGACACACUGGGAAAACCCAUAAGAAUUCUACCAGACAUUUUUCGCUAGACUAAAUGUUGUGUUUUUAUGACGGAUCACAGAUUUGGUUGGAUGCUUGAGCAGUCCAUUGACUAGUGAACUAUAGAAAUUGCAGUUAUGUCGUAUGUUAACAUGGCAGUGCCAGUGAUUGAAGAAGAUGGUGAAGACUUCAAAAUUUUGGGAAAACAUCCUAUUCGGGUAUAUCCAAGUGAUAACGACGUUCUUGAUGUGGGAGACAAACACCUAUGUGGACCCUAUUCAGAGCCAUCAGCCGGAGUUGUUAAUGUUGAUGAUGGACCUAAAAUUCUCGCGAAAAGUCUCGAUUCAUCUACAAAGCAACAGGUCCAAGCUACUCAUAACCAGGUGGCCAUCAAAAAGCCUACUAAAAGGAUUGGCAGGUAUGGGAGGAAACUACGCACAUGCAUUAAACCCCUUUUUACAGGGCGAGGCUCAUUUUUAACAGGGAAGACAAGAAAAAAUAAGAAGCCUGACAUAAGACAUCUGAUAGAGAAAGGUACAUAUUGGAAAGGAAAGUUUUACAAACUGGUACCAGUCAGCCAUGUCAUGGAAAAGCAUACUUCCAGAAACAUAUGUCAACCUCAAAGGUUGCAUAUGAAACCAGCACAAGCCGUGAGCUCUGCUGAAGACUUAACAAAUUAUUCUCAACCUUUGGACCUUUCUUUCAACAAAGUCCAAACAAGCUCCGCAACAUGCUCCACUUGUUACGAUCAGGCAGUGGACAUGUCCAUUAAAGGAAGGCCUUUGGAUCAACAAAAUGUUAUAAAAUUAGAAAUGAGUGAACCAUCACAUCCCUCAAAUGAGUCUCAUAUUGGUGGCGAUAACUCUGAAACACUCGAGUGUGUGAGACCUGAUGAGCUGAUGGACACCAGGCAAUGUCCUCGAGCAUCAAAUGAGUCUGAUAUGGGGGACAGCGACUCUGUAACACACGAGUGUGUGGGACCUGAUGAACUGAUGGAGACCGGCCAAUGUCCUGGAACAUCAUCAUCCUGUAGCCCUGCAUUCAAACAGAUGAACAUCGGAAGAAGUGACAGCAAUGCAAGACAAGGAGUGAUACACACACAAGAUUUUAUUUCCCUGCUGAAAGAACCAGACAAGUUACAAGCUUUAACUGAUAAACUACAACAGUCUGGCCUCCAUGCUAUGCAACUGCAAGCUUUGAUUCAACAAAUACAUAGGUCCAGCCACCAUGGACAUGGUCCACACGAAAAUAAUCCAGAGUUGAAAGUCAUUGAUGCAGAUGAACCCAUUGUGCCUCGCAUUCUUCACCGAAUCCCAGAUUCUCCAGCUGUCUCUCAUGUGUCUGCACAACAAACAGGUUCCCUAUUUGCAGUGGCUUCAACACAGGCAUAUUUACAUGCAAAAGCUGCAAUGCAAGUAAGAACAGCGCAAGCAGCACCGUCAGUAGCAAUGAUUUCACCACAUAGUAAAUUAGCAUGGAUCUCAGAACAAAUGCAGGCUGAUUUAGCCCAGGCUAUACCUUCCCCGGUGGUAAUUGCUACAGCACCAAUCCAUGUCACAGAAGCACAUUCCAUAACUGCAGCAAGGGCGUUAGCUUUCCACGAUGAAAUACCAUUGCCUCAGAUGCCAAAUUUGAUGGCAUUGGAACAAACUGACCAAAAUGGAGUUCUGGUACCAAAUAAGUUUGAAAGUGGUCAGAGAGCGUUGAAAAGUUUCUUAAACAAGAAGGACAAGAACCCUUUACCACUUGGAUACGUAGUGUGACGCAUUUGUAGUCCCUCAGAAAGUUAAUUUUAAUUAAAGACUUCUAACUAAAUUCAUUUUUUAAAGGUUCAUAUCCAACCCUUAAAUACUGAUGAGCAGCAAACAGCAUAAAACCUGAACAGACUGCAAGCACUGUUGUGGUUUUAUGCUGUUUGCACAAAGCCAUUUUCACUUUGCUUCUGAGUGGGAAAGGGAUAAUUGACAAGAUUUUUAAAUAUUAUGUUGCAUGAUAAUUCCUGAUUGUUAGAGUAUUGCCUUAACUAUGGAUUCUGUAAUAAAUUAUGUUUUUCGUCUCUCUUAUUAUAAUAUUGUAAGAAAUGUUUUGUCUGAACUACUAACACUAACUAAACACUCUAGAGGCCACAUUUAUUGUCAGAUCUUCAUGAAACUUCGUUAGAAGCUUUGUCCCAAUGAAAUCUCGGUGGAGUUCGAAACUGGGCCUUGCCUGGUCAAAAACUAGGUCACUAGGUCAAAAAAAGAAAAAACUUGUAAACACUGUAGAAGUCACAUUUCAUGCCCAAUCUUCAUGUUACUUUGUCAAAAUGUUUGUCUUAAUGAUAUGUUGGUUGAGUUCAAAAGUGGUUCCGGUCCAUUGAAAAACAUGGCCGCCAGUGGACAGGGCAGUUUUCCUUAUAUGGCUAUAGAGAAACCUUAUAAACACUCUAGAAGUCACAAUUUUGGCCCAAUCAUCAUGAAAGUUAAUAAAAAACAUUGGUUUUAUUGAUAUGUCGGACGAGUUUGAAAAUGGUGCAGAUCGGUGAAAAAACAUGGCCGUCAGGGUGCAGGGCAUUUUUCUUUAUAUGUAUAUAGUGAAUACAUGUGAACACUCUAGAAGUCACAUUUUUUGCCCAAUGUUCAUGAAAUUUGGUCAGAACAUUUGUUUUCUUGAUACGAGAGUUGAGUUGGAAAAUGGUUCCGGUCAGUUGAAUAACAUGGCUGCGGGGGGGGGGGGGGGGGCAGUUUCCUUAUAUUUAUAUAGUAAAAAAAAGCUUGUGAACACUCUAGAAGUCACAUUUUUUGCCCAAUCAUCAUGAAACUUGGUGAAUAGAUUUGUUUUAUAUAUAGCUUAGAUGAGUUUGCAAAUGGUCCCAAUGGGUCAAUAAACAUGGCUGCCAGGGGGUGGGGCAGUUUUCCUUAUGUGACUAUAUAGAGAGAAACCUUGUGAUCGAACACUAUAGAAGUCACAUUUUUUGCCUAAUCAUCGUGAAACUUAGUCAAUACAUUGGUUUUAUUGAAUUCUUGGACAAGUUGGAAAAUGGCUCAGAUUGGUGAAACACACUUUUUAGCUCACCUGAUUGCUCAGGUGAGGUUUUAGGAUUGGUCUUUGUCCGCUGUCCGUCCACAUUUGGUUUGUAAACACUCUAGCAUUCACAUUUCUCAAGCAUUCUUUAUCAAAGUUGCUGAAAGAUCUCAGUCAAGUUUGAUGAUGAGCAAAAUCACAUAAUUAAUGCCAUAAUUAUUGCCUUUAGAUUGUCCAAAUUUUCAUUAUAUUAUACAAAAUUCUUGUAAGCAAAGUUUGAUGUUCGGUAAGGGGGGUCAGAGUUUUGGUUCAAUAAUGAAGAAACUUGACCAGGAUGUUUGUCUGGUCAAUAUCUAGGUCAAGUUUGACAUUAGGUAAAGAUUGAAUGAACCGACUCCUCUCAGGUGAGCGAACUAGGGCCAUCUUGGGCCUCUUGUUUUUUAGUUUCAGGAGUUUGUUUCAACAUUUCUCAGGGCAUGAAAUUGAUUCAAAUAUGUAAUCAAUAUGAAUAAAGUUAGAUGUGCCAUACAUUUCAUCAUCCUGGGUGACCCAGACAUACGGGAGUUAUUCCCGUUGGUCUUUAUACAUUACAUUGCAUAUAGUUAAAUUCAAGUUAUAACUUGAAUGUAUGGUUAUGCUUAAUUGAAUUUUGUUGUUUCUGAGCUCCCAAUUCAUCCGAGAUAGAAAAGUUCAACAGUUAAUUGUUAUGCUUUUCAGACAUUGAGGAUGUAUUUUUGUAGUGGACCAAUUUACUAACAAUUAAUACUUUUGAUGAUUGUGGUGAAAUGUACUGCCAUAUGGAUCAAUGAUUUUUUGUGGGCAAGAGAGCAUUAUAAAUCACUUGUGCAUUUAAGGUCUUCCCUUUAAGCACUAUUCAAAAGGGCUUCACAGGGUUAAUGAAAGGGGAUUUUAACAGGAAGGAAUCCAGAUAUGGAUAUUUGUUGGGCUAGUGGGAAAAAACACACAACUUAACUGCAUAUAAUAAGUGUGGCUGUUAUGCAUUGUAUAGUUUAUGUGAGGAGAGAGUUUAUAAUGCAAUUGCAUUAAAUGAAGUGCAAUUAAAAGCUGCAUUGGCAGAGGUUAUCACUUUGAAUGCUGUAUAUUAUUAUCAUUUCAUUGUUGGGUAGACAUAAUAAACCUGAUGUAUUGUACAACCAUUUUUAAAUAAUUGGAAAAUGUAUGUAGUAUUAUAUUUUAAGCGCUAGAUUUGUAUUGCUUAUUUAAUGACUCAUUCUAUUUUGAUACUUGAAAGUUAUACAUAUCUGCGAUGCUUUUUAUCCUUUACCACUUAGAUACGUAUUGUGACCCAUUUGCAGUCCCUUAGAAAGUUACAUUUAAUUAAAUACCUUUCUUACUAAAUUCAAGUUUUAAAGGCUUCAUUUCCAACCCUUAGUUACUGAUGAGCAGCAAACAGUAUAAAACCUGAACAGACUGCGAGUUACAUGUACUUAAAUGUGGACAUAGUUCACUGAUGAAAUCUUAUGCUAUUUGCACAUGCAGUUAUUUUAUGAUAAGUUUCAUAAUGGCAAUAAUGACAUUCUGUUGGAAACCACUUUCAAUAGUUGUAUUUUAGUUGUUGCUUUUUGCAGUAUUUUAGUUGUUGCUUUUUGCAUGCACCAUGUUCUUUGGCUUAUAUAAGUUUCUAUCUAAUAUAUAAUAACAUUUCCAUGAUAUUUACAAUGUCUGUGAUAUUAUUCAAUGUGUACAUACUGAUUUUUGAUAAAUAAGCUGGCAAACCAUAUUGUUAUAUUUAAAAAAAAUCAUGAGGUAAAACUUAAUCAAAUUGUUUUAGCUCCAGUAUGCUCAUUAGAAUUGAGACAAUCUUUCUUACUUUUGUACUGUUAUUGUGUUUGGGUAAUACAUAUCUUGUAUUAAAAUAUGGCAUUGUGAAAUGAAAUUUCACUUCAUUAUUAUAUAGAUUUACAAAAAAAUAAAUGUUAAGUUUUAUUUUUCAUUUUCCCAUAAGCAGAGCUCCAAAUAAUAUGUAUGAGAAGUUGAAUGUGCAGUUUGAGACAAAACAAUUCAGGUAUAAAAUCCUUACCCAGAAGUUUGCAUUGAAAAUAUUAAAAUAUCAAGUAUUUUUUAAUGUCCCCUACCGGUGAAAGUAUAAUAUGUUGUCAUGAUGGAUUAGUGUACAUUUAAGACCACAAUGCAUUGACAGGACAGUUGAUAUUAAUAAAAUUAAAUUGAUAUCAUUUAUUGCAAUUAUAUAUUAAAUCAAGAUAUAAAAUAAACAUAAAUGCUUAGAAAAGUUAUCUGGAGCUCGGCCCUUUGUUUUCCACUGGUUAAUUCUCUGAUGUGUUAAGAAUUGUGAAAAAAUAAAUCAUAAUAUAUGCAAUCAUAAA